CCCACUGUUUUUCGUCUUCGUUGUCCGUUUUGUUUCUUGUUGCAACAACUGAUGUUGCUUGUAGUUGGUAAUUAGCAUCCCAUGCAAUGGAUUUUUACUUCCAAGCUGCAAAUAUCCUGGAUCGUCUCGACUCCAAGCAGGGCUCCAUCAAAGGUGUCCUCGCCAGCCUGCCAGAGAGCGGCAGGGCACGGACGGCUGCAUUGGUCAUCGAAACCUUAAAGUACAAGGCAGCCCUCACCGACGUGAUCAAUGCGUCCAGGAUAUUGUUGGAAGAGAGGAAAAUUAAAUCCCUGAACCUCAACCUUACCCUCGUGCUUGUGCAUGAUUUACUGCUGUCUCGCGGGAUACAGGCUGGGGAUGGUCCCAUCAAACAAGCCAUAUUGCGGCAUAAGACACGACUCCGGAGCGAGCUACAGCGCAUAAAGAUAAAGCGAGGCGUAAAAUCUGACCAGGAGCUAGCCAACAACGGAGACGAACGAGCAGCAAGAAUACCUCGUUACGCUCGAAUAAAUACGUGCUUAUGGACUACGGAAGAGGCGAUCCGACAUUACCAGGAAGAGGGAUUCAAAUUAGGGGAUCCGUUUUCAUCAGACAAAGCUUUUGCCAGAGACGAGCACAUCCUCGAUCUCCUAGUGUUUCAUCCCCAGUGUCAGUUCCACGACGACAUAUGUUACACAACGGGAAAGGUCAUCUUGCAAGACAAAGCAUCCUGCUUUCCUGCCACUGUCCUAGCUCCUCCUGCUAAGGAUGACACCGUCGUCAUCGAUGCGACUGCAGCUCCGGGGAAUAAGACGUCGCAUCUGAGUGCUCUCAUGGCUAACAAGGGCAAGCUCUACGCAUUCGAAAGGGACCAAAAACGGUAUCGCACACUGAAGGCGAUGCUAAGUAAAGCUGGAUGUAAAAACGUGGAUGCUGUCAACGUUGACUUCCUUACGGUCAAUCCAACAGAUCCAAAGUAUAACAGGGUAACACACAUUCUGUUGGAUCCCUCAUGCAGUGGUUCUGGCAUCGUGAAUCGACUAGAUCAUCUACUCGAAGCAGAGGAUGACGAUACGGAAGGACUCGAGAAUCGACUCAACAAGCUCGCCAGCUUCCAGCUGAUGAUGAUAAAACACGCGAUGAAGUUUCCCGCUGUUCAGAAGAUCGCGUACUCGACAUGCAGCAUCCAUGCUAUAGAGAACGAGCAAGUUGUUAACCAGGCAUUAAAUUCUGAAGAAGCUGUCCAAGCUGGGUUUAAGCUUGCUCCUCGUGCCCAGACUUUGCCAACCUGGCAUCGCCGUGGCAAGCGAGAAGACAUGGAUUGUCAAGAUAAUGCGGAGUCUCUUAUUCGCUGCUCACCAGGUGAAGAUGCCACUAAUGGCUUUUUCGUAUCUUGCUUCGUUAAGACUCAGAUCACGCAAUGUACCGAGGAAGUGAAGACGAUUAAGAGGAAGCCAGGUAAUACAGCACCCGAUUCCAAACAACGCAAGAAGCGUAGGAAAGAUCGGUCAACUGGGAAUUAGCCUGGUCGAAGAGAGUUGGCCAAUUCCGUACUGAGAUGCUCGUCAAUUAGAAUCAAGUUGAUCGAGGAGG